GUGUGAAGGGUGCAGGGGUAGUGUAGUGGUGGUGAUGAGUAAUGUGGAGAGAGACUACUGUAGGAGGAGAAGGUGUGGGGCCCCGGGACGGUCCUGUCGUACACUGAUUUUUCGCACUCCACUUCCUCAGACUUUCCAAUUCUAUGCCAGACGUGUCUCGGGGAUAAUCCUUAUGUUAGGAUGAUGCGUGAUAGAUAUGGGAAGGAAUGUAAGAUCUGCACCCGUCCCUUCACAGUCUUUAGGUGGUGCCCUGGUGCACGAAUGAGAUUCAAAAAGACAGAAGUAUGCCAGACUUGUGCUAAGAUUAAGAAUGUUUGUCAGACCUGCUUGUUAGACCUUGAGUAUGGUCUUCCUACACAGGUACGAGACUCUGCCCUCAGCUUGACUGAUGAUAUGCCAAAGAGUGAAGUCAACAAGGAAUACUAUAUCCAGAACAUGGAGAGACAAAUGGCAGCUUCAUCAGAUGGCAGUACAGCAGGAGGGGCAUUAGGGAAAACCAAGUCGCACUCAGAAAUGCUCCUUCGCUUAGCACGUACAACUCCAUACUAUAAGCGAAACAGGCCACAUAUUUGCUCAUUUUGGGUCAAAGGGGAAUGUAAGAGAGGAGAAGAAUGUCCUUAUCGACAUGAAAAGCCUACUGACCCUGAUGAUCCUCUAGCCGAUCAGAAUAUUAAAGAUCGUUAUUAUGGUGUUAAUGAUCCUGUUGCUGACAAACUUCUUAAGAGGGCAGCAGCAAUGCCAAGACUUGAGCCCCCUGAAGAUAAAUCUAUUACUACUCUGUAUGUAGGUAAUUUGGGUGAUAGGAUUGGUGAAAAAGAACUGAGAGACCACUUUUAUCAGUAUGGUGAACUACGUAGUGUAAAUGUUGUGGCUAAACAGCAGUAUGCAUUUGUCCAGUUUACUACUCGGUCUGCUGCAGAGCUAGCAGCUGAACGUACUUUUAACAAGCUCAUUAUACAGGGUCGACGCCUUAAUAUUAAGUGGGGACGAUCACAAGCUAGACAAGGAGGAGUAGGUAUUGGUGGUAUUGAGGAUCUUGAAGGUGACGAUACUGCUCCUCAACCUCUCGAACCUGUACCUGGCCUUCCAACACUUCCUCCGCCACCUGAAGAAUUGCACAAUAACUUUUUCAAUUUACCUUCAACAGCUGCAAGCAUACCGUUGCCUCCAGGCCAGGCUCCUCCAGCUGCUGGUGCUCCAACAAUACGACCUCCAAUGCCUCCAGGUCAUGCCCCACCUAGACCUCCUGCCCCUCCUCCUGGUAGUCUUCCUGGAGGGCCUCCUCCUUUGGGUACCCCUCUUGGUCCUCGUCCUCCUCCAGGUGUGCCUCCAGCGCCUCCAGGCCAUUUGCCACCUUUACAGCCUCCUCCAUUCUUUCCUCCUCAUCUUCGUGCACCCUUGCGCCCUCCUCCAGGGGUUCGUCCCCCUGCAUACUUUCCGCAGCCACCACCUAUCCCAGGUGUUGGGCCACCACCUCCCCUCACCCAUGGUAUUAUCCACUAUCCUUCACAAGAUCCUACUCAAAUGGGAGCUAAUCCUGAUAAAAAGUAGGCACUGUUUACAAUUUCUAGUGUAAACACUCAUUUCUAAUUUAAGAAAUUGUUUGUAAAUUAUAAAGAUUCUUAUAUAAGGGUAUGAAAGGUUUGACAGUGAAGAUCAUCUAAAGGUUGAGAUUCCAAUAAUUUGAUUUGGACUAUGUUAUGAAAUGUUUUAAAGAAAAUGUAAAUGUUCAUCUGAAUGUGUCACCGUGUUGUGUGCUAUAACAGAUGCAAGUGAAGUUGUAAAAUUGGUUACAUUUUGUAUAUUAAUGUUGAGUAAAGUACAUUGUAAAAAUUUGAUAUUUUUAUUUAGUACUGGAUUAAUUUAUCUAAUAAAUGUUACUGAGUUUUA